GUUAAUUCUCCAUUAUUGCUCAUUCAGGUGACACGACUUAAGUGUGGUGGUUUCAUUUUUGCUAUUCGUUUCAAUCAUACAAUGGUCGAUGGUUUUGGCCUUGUCCAAUUCAUGAAGGCUAUAGCGGAGAUAGCUCGUGGAGCUUUCGCUCCAUCUAUUUUUCCAGUAUGGCAAAGAGCUCUCUUAAAUGCAAGAGACCCUCCAAGAGUCACUUGUCGUCAUCAUGAAUACGACCAAGUUGUUGUCACCGAGGACACCCUCAUCCCAAUCGACAACAUGGCCCACCGCUUCAUUUUCUUUAGUCCCCUCCAAAUCUCCGCCCUUCGUCAUACUUUACCCAUCCACCUUCACCACUGUUCCUCGUUUGAGCUCAUCGCAGCCUAUGUUUGGCGCCUUCGUACCAUUGCCCUUCAACUUAGCCCAGAGGAGAAAGUGCGCUUUCUUUGCCCCAUGAACCUACGUUCUAGGAUCAACUCUUUACCGAUAGGAUAUUAUGGUAAUGCAUGUGUUUUCCCUGCAGAACUCACCACAGCUGCAAAGCUUUGUGGGAACCCACUAGGUUAUGCUAUAGAGUUGAUUAGGAAGGCUAAGGCUAAGAUGACGAAGGAGUACGUGAAGUCUGUUGUGGAUUUUAUGGUAAUUAAAGGACGACCCCAUUACACAGAACCUGGGUCAUUCAUUAUAUCAGACCUAAUGAGAAUUGGGUUUGAAGAGGUAGAUUUUGGAUGGGGAAAGCCUAUUUUUGGAGGACUUACAACAGGAGGGCUUGGAACAACCCCUGCAAUGAUAAGCUUUUGUAUACCUUUCAUGAAUAAAAAUGGAGAAAAGGGAAUUAUGGUACCUCUAUGCUUGCCUACUCAAGCCAUGGAAAGAUUUAUGGCGGAAUUUCAUGCCUUGUCGAGUGUGGAACAAUUGGUUGAUGAAGUUGAUAGCCAUUAGCAAAGGAUCAUUGCAUUUGCU